AUGGGCGAUGAUCUCGUCCAACAAACUUGCAAGAAAGCCUCAGAUGCUGAUAAAAACUUGAACUACAACUUUUGUGUCUCAGCCCUUGAGGCCAGCCCGAAAAGCAAGGGUGCAGACCUCGCAGGACUAGCUGGCAUUGCACUUGACCUUACCACAGCGAAGGCGACAAGCAUCAAGUCUACCAUUUCAAAGCUCUUGAACGAUCCAAAAGUUGACAAGCCUGCGCUACAAGACUGCGAAGAACUCUACUCAGGUGCCACUGAUGACCUGCAAGUAGCCACCAAUGCUUUCAAGUCCAGUGAUUAUGGUACAGCCCUUACACAACUCAGUGCUACCUUGAAUGCACCUGAUACUUGUGAAACCGGGUUCCAAGAGAGGAAAGCAGUGUCUCCUUUGAGCAAGGACGACGGUGACUUCACUCAGUUGAACAUCAUUUCUCUUGCCUUCAUCAACCAAUUGCGUGGUUGA